AUGCUGCGAGAAAAUAAUCCGAGUUUGGAAGAAGCAAUUGAAUUAGGGAAAGCAACUGAAUUGAGCAAAGCUCGUGCUCAAACGUUAAGAGAACACAAUGUUGACAGCGUAACUAGAGGGAAAGUGAAGCAACAUCUGGCAGGAGGAGCCAAUGCAGCCUUAGCAGUAAGGAAGCACAGAGGAUGGCGUGAUGACGCUUCAAAUACUGAGACAUCUUUAUGUAAAAAAUGCAACAGACAUCACGUUAAUGGACAGUGUCCGGCAUAUGGAAAAAAAUGCUUUAAUUGUGGCAAACUAAAUCACUUUUCGACUAUGUGCAGACUGAAGCACAUCCAAAAUGUUUCUCAGCAUGAUAACGCAGAUGUAUAUAGGGAAUCUGAUGAUGAAUUCUUCGUGAAUUCCAUAAAUGUUCAAAGAACUAAAAGUGUGUGCUCAACAUCGUCUACAAAAGAGUGGACUAAAACUAUAAUUGUUGAAGGGACAACUGUGACUUUUAAGUUGGACACAGGGUCUGAAGUGAAAAAUUUAUGA